AUGAGCUGUCAGCUGGAGGGCGAGCCCGUCGUGACGGUCCGGCAACUCUCGAAUGCCCGCGUGAAUGUCAGCGCCGUGGAGUCAUCGGAGCCCCAAAAGGAGUUCAUGCCGCACACGGCCCGCCUGCGCAGCAUGGACUUCUCGGCUCAUGCCCAAGAGGUUCGUGAGCAGAUGGACUGGACUGCCAGCCGGUGGGACCUGGACAGUGCCCUCAAGUCAGAGCAGGAGGCGGCGGGCAAGCGGGCGGUGUGGGAGACUGGCCUGCUCCUGGCGGAGGACACGCUGCGGGCGCGGCUGAGGAAGCUCAGCCUGGACCUGCACAUAAUGGAGGGGGACGGCAACUGCCAGUUUCGCUCCGUGGCUCACUCGGUCUACGGCUCCCAAGAGCAGCACAUGCGGGUCCGGCGGGCGGCGAUCAUGCACAUGCGACGCUGCCCCGACGAGUUCCGUGCUUUCCUGGGCUCCGAUUUUGACGCCUACCUGGCAUCAAUGAGCGAGUCUGGCGUCUGGGGCGACGAACUGACCCUGAGGGCCAUCAGCAACGCCCUCUGCAUCACCAUCUCGGUGGUCAUCGGCGCAACUCAGAUGGUACGGUACAUCCCAACCGACUACAGGCAGGGGAAGACGGUCCGCUCGUCGGCUGUGGAGCAGAAGCGGCAGUUCCUGCAGCGCAAGGGCCUGACCGACGCGGAGAUUGAGGAGGCAUUCAGGCGGGUCCCGGAAGCCCCUGCUGCGGCCUAUGUACCUGCCCCAUCUCCACACUCUGUGGUGGCCGUGCCAGCGGGGACCGUGACGCCGGCUGGGUACGUCCCCGUGCAGCAGCAGCAGCUGGUGCCUGCGCAGCCCCAACCUGUGCGAUGGGGACAGGCCAUGCUGGGCGCGGCCUUUGUCGCCGCGGGCGUCUACGCCCUCAAGGUCGUGGUGUGGCCCUACGUGGCGGAUGCAGUGACCAAGUGGAAGGCGAGCCAGGGCGAGAUGGCAGAGGCCAAGGCCCUGCAGGAGAAAGAGUCCAACGCCCUGGCCGAGGCCAUCCAGGCCCAGACCUCCGAGCUGCGGAACACGGUGGAGCUGCUGCAGAAGUUGACCGUGAGCCUGGAGGCGAGCGUUGCAGAGUCCAAGCGCGCCGCCCAGGAUUCGCUCAGCUUGGCCGACCUGAGGGCUGAACUGCGCACUCUGGCCGGCACCAUCCGAGACGGGCCGGGCGCCGCGCACAUGCCUGGCGCUGAGGCGGCCGCGAACGCGGCUGGCGUCGCCGCCGUGAAGCCGACCCCGCACCCCGCCUCCGCGGCCGAGGAGGCUCUGGCGACGCCCUUCCGCCCCGCCGACGAGUCGCCGACGCCUGCCGCCCCGGCCCUCUCAGGGCCUGCCCACCCCGCCUCCUACAUGGAGGUCCUGGAGAUGUUGGAAAAGGGUCAGAAGCCGCCGGGCAUCAGGACGGACAUCAACGACAAGGCGCCCAACCCGACCCAGAGCGUGCCCAGCCCCCGCCUGGCACCGCGGCGCAAGCCGUGGGAGAGGAGCGUGGAGGGGCCCUCCCCCGCCUCCAGCGCGGACGGCGAGACGGCCGACACGCCGCCGCCCCGCGGCCCACCGUCCACCUCCAGCAGCACCGGCCGCCCCAGCUCCGAGCAGUCGCCCGGCCGGAGCAGGGCUGCCGCCACCUCCAUCUACGAGGCCGGCGGCGUCAUCGCCGGGCGGCUGGGGAGCGGCAGCACCGCCUCUCCCUCCGCGCGCAGCGUGGAGCCCAAGGCACCGUCGUACGCGGCUGUUGUUCGAGACAGCCCGGACACCUCCGACAUUCGAGGCUGGCAACCACCUCCCAUGCCUCAGCCCAGCAUCAGCUUGUGA